UCCCUCCCCGCCAUAGCGUAGGGUUUCUCUCUUGGCGCCAAUCGUCCAGCUUCAAUCGGCUCCAACCGAUCGAAAUUUCAAUGGCCGAGCUCGCAGAACGGCGAUUGUGCGAGGAGCCGAAUCCGCGCAGCUAUCAAACAUUUCUAUUCGAGAAAACGCUGGCAAUGAACACGAUCGUGUGCCUGGAAACUGGGUGUGGCAAAACGAUGAUCGCCGUGCUUCUCAUUCGCUCGCUUUCUCACUUAUUUCGCAAGCCAGAGAAAGGGAUUUGCGUGUUUUUGGCCCCAACAGUGAGCCUUUGCGAGCAGCAAGCCGAGGUCAUUGAGCGCUACACUGACCUUUACGUUGGUACUUACGUCGGUGGAACUUCCACCAUGGAUGUUCAUUGGUGGACAACGCAUCUUCAAAAGCAAGAGGUUUUUGUCAUGACUCCUGCGAUUCUGCUGGACAACCUUCGCCAUCGAUUUUUUAAUCCGGAUCAUGUUGAGCUGCUAAUUUUUGACGAAUGUCAUCACUGUGCCAAGGGGCAUCCUUAUGCGAAUAUCAUGAGCGAGUUUUAUCACAAGCCUGAAGCUAAGUGUCCGAGAAUAUUGGGCAUGACGGCGUCACCCAUUGUUGGAAAAGGCAAGACGUGGAGCGGUCCACAAGCUUUCAAAGAAAGUUUUGAUUGCCUUGAAACUAUGCUACGCUCAAAGAUUAUCACUUUCGCAGAUAAAGAGCUAACUAGCUUUUUACCGUCAUCUGAUAUGAAAAUCAAGGAGCACUUGCCAGACACGAAAGGCAAGCAUCGUACAACGGACAUCGACAAUCGUUUCGAGAACUUAACCAGAGAAUUUCGACUUCCAGAAGAAAGGCAAGCUGUAAAUAAGAUAUACAACACUCUGAACUACUGUCUCUUUGAGUUGGGCCUCUUCUCUGCAAGAAAGGCGGCAGAGAUUAUGCUCGCUGGCUGUGACGGAAAAGGACGUGAUGCGGAAGCCGCAUUCUUGAGGCGUGUGCUAAACAUUCUGGAAGAGAAAGCGAUUUUGGACGGUACUGCAGAUGAUCAAAUCCGUGCCAUUUCUUCUAAAGUCCAACUUUUACUGGAUGUGCUUGAUGAGUACAAGUCUGCCCAAGAUCUUCGUUGUAUUGUGUUUGUUGAGAGAGUGAUUGCAGCCAAGGUUUUGACUCUGCUUUUGAACUCUCGUCCCUACGUUAGAGCACAGUGUGUAGCAAGUCACAGAAAUAAGUUGAAGGGCUUAACUCUGGCAACUCAGAGAAACUCAUUGGAAGACUUUCGUGCUGGAAAGGCUAAUGUCAUUGUGGCGACUAAUGUUGCUGAAGAAGGCCUUGAUAUUCAAAGCUGUUCUCUUGUUAUACGAUUCAACAUGCCUAAAACCGAGCGUAGCAGUAUUCAGUCAAGGGGCCGUGCACGUAAACAAGGAUCUGACUACGUUAUUCUGAUGGAAUCUGGGAACCUCAACGAGGAAAAACUCUUACAUGCAAUACUAGAAGGGGAAAAGUUGAUGCAUGAGCAGCUACAUACUGUUCAGGAUACCUAUGACCAUCAACUUUUUUAUCGCCAGAAAGAUGCCUAUCAUGUUGAGUCCACGGGUGCGGUCGUGAACAUCGAUUCAAGUGUUUCGUUACUCCACCAAUACUGCUCGACACUUGGGAAUGACGCACAUCCGAAUUUUCAGUUCUACAAGGGUGAAGACGGGGGAACAACUUGUAACGUGACACUUCCUGAUAUCUGCACCGUCAAAUACAUCAAAGGCAAAAGAUGUGCAACGGAGGAAAUCGCAAGAAAGGCUGCAUGCCUGGAAGCCUGUCGAAAGCUACACAUGGCUGGGGCACUAUCGGAUAAUUUGCGUCCAGUUCGGGCUACUAAUAUCUCCAAAAGUGUCUCAAUUACCUCAGAUGACAUGGAUAUGUACGAGACGAUCAUACCUGAUGUUUUACAAGGAAAGUUGGGUGUGUUUUCUGAGAAUCUGACCUUCCACACCUACGUGCUUUCCUUUAGCUCCAGUGACGACAGGUUAUCCUAUCGUAAUUUUGCACUGUUCUUGUCAUCAAAGCUAGAUGCCAGCGUCGAAGUUGAACGCUUCGAACUGAAUUUGGGACGUGGAAGAAAUGUUGUGGUUCAGCUAGGCUCCGUGCAAAAUAUCAUCUUAGACAGUGACAACAUUGCUGCCGUAAAUCGGUUCUACGAAAUAGUUUUUCCUAUCCUAUGGCAACGACGACUACCUCCAAUCCAUCUCCAGCAAUACUUACUUCUGCCACUGCUUCCUGGCAAGAUAGAUGUAGACUGGAAAUGCGUUCAGUCUCUCACACCUCCAUCAAUAGUCUCAGACAACGAUGACAAAAGUGUUUUACAUUUUGCAAACUAUUCGCUGCGAGCUACAGAUAUCAAAGGAGGACUGAUUCUUACAAAGCAUACCAAUGAACCAGUUUUUUAUUCUCUUUUGGGUGUUCUUAAGGAAACAACCGCGCAAAGCCCGUUUUCCAAUCCCAAAUAUAUUACUUAUUCCGACUACUUCUUGAAAAGGCAUAAUAUGAAACUGCAAUAUCCAGCCCAACCCCUUCUGAAAGUGAAGAUGCUUGGCGAUGUGCAAAACUAUUUACUGCCACGUUCAACAGACAUGCCUGGCAGGUCGCAUAGGAAAUCGACUAUUGAGCUGCCGCCCGAGCUUUGCAUUCUCUUAGAACCAGAACUUGACUACUCCGUUGUGGCGUCCGUAAUGGUGCUUCCUUCCGUUAUCUACCGGCUAGAAUGUCUAAGUUCUGCUGCACAGCUGACGAAACUCGUGGGCAUUCACAUGUCUACAACCAUGAUGUUGAUGGCACUGACUUCUGCAAGCUGUAAUGAAGGCUUUUCUCUCGAGAGACUCGAGUUUUUAGGCGAUUCAUUCCUCAAAUUUGCACUGAGCUUGCACUUGGUCUCUGAAUAUCCGGAACAACAAGAAGGCUUUCUUUCACAAAAGCGUCAAGAGCAGAUCUCUAACAGCAAUUUGCACAGGCUUGGUGUACAAAGAGGAUUGGUGACGUACAUGAGAGACGGGCAGUUUGAGCCGAAGGAUUGGAUUGCACCGGUCCCUUGCUCUUCUUUGGCCAGUCACGAAAAGCUUUUAGGACGGAAGUUAUGUGACAAAGGUCAUCGUUGGCUGCGAAGAAAAUCGGUUGCAGAUGUAAUGGAGGCCAUCAUCGGUGCAUACAUUACUGAAAACUCCGCUGAUGCUGCCUAUCACUUCAUGACCUGGGCAGGAUUUAAGCUGGUUGACAGGUGUUUAGUACCUGUGUUCUCAUGCCAAGCUUCUGAAGUUGACGAUAUCUGCAAUCUGGAAAAGAUAAUCGGCUAUACCUUUCGGAACAAAUGCUUCCUUGUUGAAGCGUUCACUCAUGCUUCUUCCAGCGUUCGAUCGUAUCAGCGGCUGGAGUAUUUAGGCGAUGCUGUCCUGGAUUACCUCAUUGUUCUUCAUCUUUAUGCGAGCUAUCCCAGCUUGCAACCGGGACUUCUCAAUGAUCUCAAGGUUGCUACAGUGAACAAUGUUUGGUUCGCUUUCGUUGCUGUGCGCCACAACUUUCACAAGUAUCUGCGUCACAAGCUUAAAGAGAUUGACGAGUAUCUUCUGAACAAAAAUGUGCAAUGUUUCGAGGAUUGGCAGCUUGAGCAACCGCCAAAGUGUCUCAGUGAUUUAGUGGAAUCUCUCGCGGGAGCUUUGUUAUUUGAUACGGGUGGUAAUCUGGAACUAGUGUGGAGCGUAUUGGAGCCCCUUCUGCGCCCGGUUGCCAGUCCCGAGACCUUGGCACUUCACCCAGUCCGAGAGCUUCAGGAGCUAUGCCAGCUGAAAGAAAUUUCAGCUCCAAGCUACAACGUUGGAACUUGCUCGGUGACAUUGGCAGACGGAGGCAUAGUCACAGGACAAGGCUCCGGAGGAGCAAACAAAAAGCUUCUCAAGAACCAGUCUUCUGCCGAUGCCUUGGGAAAACUGAAGGCUUUGGGAUUUCAACACCCACGGCACGAACUCCUUCAUGCUAUUCGGGCCGAGACACACAUAGAGGCCUCAACGGUCAUCAUAAACAACGGUUUGAACUUCAGUGUCCCCGUCGUUACACAGUGCAUGGAAUCGGAGCUUGCAUCCUUCGUACCACCAAUGUCGAGCUCGAGUUCUUCUACAGAAUCGGAUCUAUUUCGGCAGCAAAGUCUUCCAGACCAUGACUUGCCUUCCGAUUUAGAACUUGUCGACACUGAACACGAGUCAGAUGUUCUAGCAGCAUCACUUGCGGAAGAGUUUGGUCUCGACGAUGAUCUCCUCGAGAAGCUUUGCAGUGCUACAGCUUCGUCUACUGUUCCUCCUAGACACGAAGGUGGUGGCAGUGAUUCUUUUGUUGCUGGAGCUCCACGAGCAGAGCUUCAAAUUCUCUGCCAAAAGAGACGGUGGUCGGAUCCCGAGUACAUUAUUUGCGAGGAGAGUGGUCCUCCGCACAAGAAACACUUUGCUUUGGCUGUGACAAUCAGUCUUCCAAUCGAUGGACCCGUGACAUUUUAUGGAGAGCCCCAGCGAGACAUGAAGCGGGCCAAAGACUCGGCAGCCAACGCCGCCAUCGCUUAUUUGAAAAAGCUCCUUUCAUGAUUUCUUGCGGCAUCAUCCAGUGGCUACAAGUUGGAUGUGGCCUCGUUUGAUACAAUCUAGUGAUCACGUCCUCCGACGAAGGCGCCACUGCUGUUGCUACAAAUCUUCUUCCCCUGCCUCCGGAGUUCUUGGAUUUUCUUCUCGGGCAGAUUGUGGAUCCGCGCGUCUACCACGCGGCUCAAACGCUGCGUUACUUCAGAGUAAAGCCGCGGGGAGUUAGCGAAAGAACUUGGGAUCAAAAUCGAGCCUGUUUCUUGGCUAUGUUUCCAGUGUUUUCACUGGCAUCGUCCAGGGCCUACAAGUCUGGAAAGAUUUACGGUAUGGAUGCGGCCUCCGGGGCUGCUGUUGCAGCACCUGAUAUACAAUCCGGUGAUCACGUGCGCAGCUCCUGGAGUUGAUAUUUCUCGCCAUCGCCUAGCAGCCUGUCGGACCAUGCUCCAAAAGUAUGAGUUCGGUAGCCGAGCGAGGCUUUUCCUUUUCCGACGGGACGACGUUCUCCAUCCUGCCAGCAAAAAAAGCACUGCAAUCCAGUGUCCUUGAGAGACAACCACAUCAGUCCUGUUCUUAUCUCUUGAAGGGAGAUUGGAGACCGCCUAAAGCUGUCUCUCAAGAAAAGGCGAAGGCGGCAGUGGCUCUGGGAUUGUAGGAAGAGAAUUGCGGAGUUUCCUUGCACCAGGCACGGCCGAUGCCGCUCUUGUCGAUGGCUACAGAGGUGAGACAGAUCAAAUCUGCCAUGUCCUGGCCAUGCACAAUGACCGGCUUGCUUGCGCGUUUCCAACACCAAACGCCAGUUUGUCGCUAAAAUCACCAAGGAACGAAUGCCAUACGAGCAAAUCUUUAUGAUCAGAAUCUCGCACUUCUCUACCUUCGCGAGUGUACAGUGCCCCUAUGUCCAAAAUGGACAGUAAAGCCCGAGCACACUCUUCAAGAAAGACGAAAAUUACGCG